UUCAUAUUUAUUCCCUCCUAUGUCAUGUGUGAGUACUGUACUGUAAAUGUCAUGGAUAUCAGAUGACACUGAUAACCUAAUGCUAAUUGCAAUAACUAUGCAGAGGUCUCUAGGCCUCGACUUUUAUGGAGCAUGUGAAGUUUGGGGCAGAGUGGACAAAGAAAAGUUUCUCAGCAGGUUCAACAGGUUGCUACAACACAGGCCGAUGAAGUAUUGCACUCACUCAUCCAAAGUGGCAAACAUGUAACGUACACCCUAAGACUGAUGCUGCUUUUUACUCCUUAGUUAUGAUUUAAUCUGAUAUUCUGUAGCCUUGGAGACAGUUUGCAUAGAUUAGAAUGUUAGAUUCCUGUGAUGUCAUCGAUGCCCAUGUUUUGUUUUAAUGUCUUGUGAUAGUUCUAACUGCAUACAAAGUCAGAGUUCAAGUGAGUUUAGUACAAAGAGUACAAUUUUGAACCAGUUCCUGACAUGUCAUCAAAAUCUUGGCUGACCUUUACCACACCACGUGCUGUGGGUGUGCGUAAAUAUCUAGACCGCCACACUGAGCCCUGGUUCCUCAGGAUAGAGGACAGGACGUCAGAUGGGCGAAUCAAGAGCUCCAAACGAAAAGAUUGUGCCACAGAAAGACUGGAAAAAGCUUCCAAAAGAAGCAAGGACAGCAAAAGUCCAACCCCAGGCCUCAGCCAUCUUGUCUUGGAGAAGUCUGCUUUCAGAAAGAAGAGCAGCAAACGAAAGUCAAGCAGCGAUGGAACAAAACAACCACGCAGUAAAAAGAGCAAGACAUCAAGCUCACAGGAGGAGGCCAGCUGCUCCGUCUUUGAGGCAGAUACACCUUUGCCCAGCGCAUACAAAAGUCACAGUAUAGAGGACUUUGAAGAAAAAUACAAAGAGCAGGAUAAGCUGGGUGAAGGAGGCUUUGGGACUGUCUUCUUUGGAAAACGCAGAGAAGACAAUUUCCCAGUGGUGAUUAAGCAUGUUGCUCAUGUUUUAGUCAGCUACCUACCAGUGCUUCUUAAUGGUGAAAUGACCAAGAUUCCCAAGGAGGUGGCAUUGCUAAUAAAAGUGGGGGCAGGACCAGAGGCUACAAGCAGCAAUGUGACCCCCAUUUUAAUCGACUGGUAUGACUUGGAAGACGAACUCAUUAUGGUCUUUGAAAGGCCAAAAGAAAACAUAGACUUGGAAGCCUACCUGGCAAACAGAAGAACCUUUGUGCACGAGAGGGAGGUUAAGGUCAUAAUGAGACAGCUGGUACAUGCAGCCGCUGAAAUGCAAUCCAAGGGUGUCUUCCAUCGAGACAUUAAGCCAGACAAUAUUGUGUGUGACACAUCGCCUGAUCAUCCAGCAUUUCAAUGUGUCAGAUUCAUCGAUUUUGGCAUUGGAGUCACUUUUACACCAGAAGCAAUCACACGAAGAAAUGGGACCAAAUCACCUGCUCCAAACUGGCAGGACUUUAAUGCCACCACAGCAGACUGCGUCACAGUUUUGCAGCUGGGUACGGUGAUGGAUUGGCUGGUACGUCACAUCAUCCCUGAUGACAACAACACAUCUGAGAUGCGUACUGACAUUUCAGAGGAUUGCAAGUGUUUUCUGUUGGGUUGUUACUGUCAGAGCCAUGAAGACCGUCUCACCCUAGAGGAAGUUCAGAAUCAUCCCUGGCUCAAAUGACGUACUGAUGCCAAGUAAAACAGGGUUACAGAGCAGGAGCUCUAACAAAGAAGUAUUCGGUCACAUUCAAAAGCUAUGGCACAUAGCUGUCCAUGUUUUUAUCAUUUCUAUCAUUUUUACAGGGCCCGCCCCUCUGGAAGCACCCCACAAGAGCAAGUGGACCAUGAGAUCGCAGUGGAACUUCCACCCGGUCUUUAGUCUUGUUGCCAUUGUAUUUUCCAUACAUUUCCCACCCACCCCCAGCAAUCCGUGGAAAGGGGAUCUCUCUCUGAAUUGCCUUUCCCGAGGUUUCUUCUCAAGUUUUUGAGGAGUUUUUCCUCGUCUUCUUAGAGAGCUUGUGCUGGGUUAAAAACUGUUGCUACUAUUAGCCUGAGUUAUGAAUACAGUUGUGGCCUAAUGUUUUGUCAGUGGUACAAAAUUUGCUUUUGCGCACUUUGCCACUUCAGUCUGUAUUUAGAUACACAACUGUAUACACAACAGACCGAACAUGCUCAGCUUUGCCAAAGCUAGCAGGAAUUGGAGUUUAAUUUGAUCAAUUAAUUAUUUAUGAAUCAAUUUAACAAACAAAUGGGCAAAUGUAAAGAAAUGUAUCAAUCAGGGAAUUAGUAGCAACAUUAAUUGGACAAUCUAAAUUUAUUGGUUGAUUAUUAAAUGAAUCUGGAUAACUCA